UUCACAUGUUGCAGAGUUCAAAGGUAUGGAUCCAGUGCUGUUGGAAAUGAGACCGGUGAUCCCCUCUCACCUAAGAGCCCACAGUUCAGAUGCUACAUGGAUCAUCUGAGAAAUGAGCACCAGGCCAUCUCAGAUAGACUUCAGGGAGGGGAGCCGUUGUCAGACUCUAAACAGAAGGAGCUCCGGGGAUCCAGGAUGGAGCUUGGUGAGAUCCUUGAGAAAUGGAACGAACUGAUAUCAAUGGAAGAAGAGAUCAAUGAAAUUCAGCAUCUUAUCCAAGAUGGUCAUGAUAAAGAGAUGCAGGAUCUAGCUUUGUCUGAGAAGGAUCAACUUCAGGAUAGGAUUGAAGAUGUAUCACAAGAGUUGGUUGACCUUCUAAUGUCAUCCGAAGAGACUGAUGAUAAUGAUGUCAUAAUGGAGUUUUCAGCAGGAGUGGGAGGUCAAGAAGCUAUGCUGUUUGCCUCUGAUAUGUUUGACAUGUAUCAACGAUAUGCAGAUUACAGACGUUGGUCCUUUACAAUCCUCGAGUACUUUACCUCAGAUAUAGGUGGAUUAAGGCAUGCUACCGUUAGUAUCACCGGUGAUCAAGCUUAUCGUCUUCUAAGACAGGAGGCUGGCGUCCAUCGUGUUCAGAGGGUACCAAAGACAGAGAGACAAGGGCGUAUACAUACAAGCACCAUGUCAAUAGCGGUACUUCCACAACCUAAAGAGAUUGAUCUGAAACUGGACCCUAAAGAUCUGAGGAUUGAAACAAAGAAAGCUAGCGGAGCAGGAGGUCAGCAUGUGAAUACAACGGACAGUGCUGUUAGAAUUACCCAUAUACCAACAGGUAUCUCGGCUGAAAGUCAACAAGAGCGUUCCCAACACAAGAAUCGUUCGAUUGCCAUGACGAUGCUACAGACUCGAAUCUACAACCGGAUCCUUGAAGACCAGACCAACUCUGAAAGAUCGAUGCGUCGUUCACAGGUGGGCACAAGAGGGCGCUCUGAAAAGAUUCGUACUUAUAAUUACCAGCAAGAUAGGAUCACGGACCAUCGGAUCAGUCGUAGUAUCCAUGGAGUAAUGGAGUAUCUACUAGGAUCUGAACACUUAGAUGAAAUGAUGGUUAGUUGUAUGGAAGGCGAGGAGUGUCAGAAUAUACAAGAAAGAAUCCUAGAAGUUUAUGAUAUGAGCAAAGAGAACUCAAGAUAGGAUCACGGACCAUCAGAUCACUCAUAGUAUCAAUGGAGUAUCUACUAGGAUCUGAACUCAUAGGUGAGAUGAUGGUUAGUUGUAUGGAAGGCGAGGAGUUGGAAGGGGGAGGGGUCACUGUUACUAGCAGGUAGACCUAAUGGUCGUAUACAGACUUCCCCAGAAUUUCUCUAUUGAUUUGCCCAUCUUACAGUACCCUAAACAAAUCCCUAAACUAAAUGAUGUCUCAAAUGUUGUAUUGUAAUGAAAAUGUGAAGCUUAUACCCUUUCCAUGAAAUUUUAUACCCUUUUUACUGGAUGUGCUGAUAUUGCCUGGCCGUUGAAAACAAGACAUUUUACUUGUUAUUUUAAAUGUGCAUUGUGGGCAACUUACUUUUUGUAGUUGUCCUAUAUUGAACAAAUUUACUUGAAAUUAAAGCAUCUUCAAAAUGAA